CGCAAUACUCCACACAGAACACUUACCGAACUCCAGCUCACCCGCUUCCGUGUGCGUCACUUCCGGGCAGAUCGCGCUGUGCCAAAACCCGCGAGAGACUUUUUGACUUUUUUCCUUCCAAAAAACGUUUUCCCGGGUACACGCCCUCUGCUUUGUUAACAUCUAGCGCUUGGGGAACACAGGUUACCACUUGGUACAGGCAUUUUCUACAGGGAAAAACUUGUGUAGAUCCUCGUAUUUGAGAACGUUUUUAGGUGAAAGGGAUCCCAAAGCCAUACACAGAGCAAGUCUUGAUAAAAUAUGGCCUUCUGAAGAAAGUCCAGCACCGCAGAGAUUCUGACUUUGAUAAGUUUAUCAUCCAAGCCAAGAACAAGAGCAAAGAGAAACUUCCUUCUACUAAAGUGAUGGAGGGCGGACAGCAGUGGCUGGGGAAGACAGACUUUUAUGUCCAAUUGCCAAAAGUGGAGCUCCACGCCCACUUGAACGGCUCCCUUAGUUCCAGGACCAUGAAGAAACUAAUAGCCAAGAAGCCACAUCUUAAAGUUGAUGGCCACAUGACCAUGAUUGACAAGGGAAAGAAAAGGACUUUAGAAGAAUGUUUCCAGAUGUUCAAAGUUAUUCAUCAGCUUACUACUAGUGCUGAGGACAUCCUCAUGGUCACAAAAGAUGUCAUUAAGGAAUUUGCCGAUGACGGUGUCAAGUACUUGGAGCUGAGGAGCACUCCCAGAGGAGAAAAUGCUACUGGGAUGACCAGGAAGACUUAUGUGGAAUCCAUACUUGAAGGCAUAAAACAAUGCAAACAAGAAAACUUAGAUAUUGAUGUUAGGUAUUUGAUGGCAGUUGACAGAAGAGGUGGCCCGACAGUAGCCAGGGAGACUGUCGAACUUGCUAAAGAGUUCUUCCUCUCUUCCGAGGGUACAGUUCUUGGCCUUGACCUCAGUGGAGACCCAACUAUAGGACAAGCAAAAGACUUCUUGGAGCCUCUUUUAGAAGCUAAAAAAGCAGGUCUGAAGUUGGCAUUGCAUCUUGCAGAGAUUCCAAAUAAGGAAAAAGAAACACAGAUGUUGCUGGGUCUACUUCCCGACAGAAUUGGGCACGGAACAUUCCUCAAUGCCUCCGAAGCAGGGUCUCUGGAUCAGGUGGACUUUGUGAGGCAACACCAGAUACCUCUCGGUAAGAUGGAGAAUGUCAUUGUUGGAAUGAAUGCAGAGCUUCGCAUGUGCAGGGUCGGCCCUCUUCUGCUAAGGUGCAUCCCAACUCAGAACUACAACUCCCUUGUCACAAGUAAUGAACAAUUCAUUUUGUGGAAACUUUGUUUGACCUCAAACAUCAAAAGCCAGACAGUCCCUUCUUAUGACCAGCAUCACUUUGGAUUCUGGUACAGCAUUGCUCAUCCUUCUGUGAUCUGUACCGAUGAUAAAGGUGUUUUUGCGACAGACCUUUCUCAAGAAUAUCAACUGGCAGCAGAAACAUUUAAUUUGACCCCAUCCCAAGUGUGGGAUCUCUCUUAUGAAUCCAUCAACUACAUCUUUGCUUCUGACAACACCAGAUCUGAACUGAGAAAAAGGUGGACUCACCUGAAGCAGAAAGUGUUAAAUUCACCGGGCAGUGGUGGUGCACGCCUGUAAUCCCAGCACUUGGGAGGUAGAGGCAGGCGGAUUUCUGAGUUCGAGGCCAACCUGGUCUACAGAGUGAGUUCCAGGACAGCCAGGGCUACACAGAGAAACCCUGUCUCAGAAAAAGAAAGGAAGGAAGGAAGGAAGGAGGGAAGGAAGAAAGAGUUCAAACUUUAAUGAGGUGAACUACUUUUGAUUAUCCAAUGUAACCAAGAUCUUCCUGCCAUGUGUAACCCACUCAGUUACUGCCCACUUGAAAUGACUUCCCUUGAAGUUCAGUAGCCAAGUAUAUAUGGGUUGACUAUAUAUGCUGACUCCAGCACCUUCAUAUGGUAAGUGCUCAGUAAAUCUCAGACUAAGAGCCUUGAGGUGUUGCAUGGCUGUGUCCAUGCUGCUUGCUGGAGGGUUGUUAAACCCUCACUCCCUAGUGACUCUGUUUUUGUACUUAGUGUUCUUUUGACAUUCAUGACUGUAAACCUUCUGAGAAGUUGAAACUCUUUGUCUUCAAGGAAAUAUCUGUUUUGUUAGGUUUAAUCAGAUUCCUUCUACUUCCUUUUACCCUUUCAAGUAUGAUUUCUUAAGACUGUUGAUGUUAGGCCACAGUGCACACUGCACCGUUUGUGUGGGUGCCUAGUUGUCAGGCGACUAUAGUAACAAAGCUAGAAUCUGGCUUUGCCCUUCACUUAAUAUCAUUAGAAAUAUAUAAAGGAGGUUGGAAUAAUCACUUCAGUUUAAGAAAACAACAACUGACUUGAAAUAAGAAAGACACAUAGCCGGAGCUUCUGGUUUAAAAUCAGCUUCUUUCGUGGAAGCUACCAGGACCUCCACAGUGCUAGGACCCCCUUAAAAGAUCUUUGUAGUAAUGGUAGCAUUGUGGCUUCUAGGGGUUUUAGAUCACCAAUAAUCCCAUGCCCACAUGAUGGUCUAUAGCCAGACUUACAUAAACACACAUAUACCAUGGCCACAUUAGACAAGAGUAGUUCUAAAUGCAAAGAAAAAAAACUUUAACAGAUAGCAAAUGUCUUGGUUAGUUUUUUUCACAAGCUAGAGUCAUUUGGGAAGAGGGACCCUCAAGUGAGAAAAUGUUCCCACAAGAUGGGCCUAAUCAGUUAGUGGGCCCGUGCCAUUGAGGGUGAUGCUCCCCUUAGGGACAUGGUUCUGGGUGGAAGCGAAGGACCUAGAACAAGGCAUAAAGAGCAAGCCAUAGGCAGGACUCCUUCAUGGCUUCAGCUUCAGUUCCUGCCUCAGCAUCCCAGGAUGAUGGACUACAAAUUCUAAGAGGAAAUAAACCCUUUUCUCCUUAAGUUA